CGAAAGUGUAUAAAUACAAGUUGGACAUGCGAUAUGCUAAUUUUUCAGCUGCCACUUCGUUUUCAAACUUAACAAACCCACCGCCACCUUCCCCAUCCAUUUUCUCUAUUAACAUCAAUCAACUCAAAUCUUCUUCUUAUCCCUUCCCUAUUCCAACCCAAAAUUCCCAAAUUCCCAACAAAUCCAGGCGUACAACAAAUGGAAGUGAAGCUCCGAACGUCUCGCUCCUUGGUCUCCAAGCUCAGCUCAGUCUCAUCCCAAACCCGCUCCGAUGCCUUGAAAGAGCUUCGGCUCAUCACCAAGCUCGACCCCGACAGCCGCCCCCUCGUAGCCGAAGCCGGAGCCAUCCCUUACCUCUCCGAAACCCUCUUCGACUCUUCCCCUUCCCUCCAAGACGACGCUGCUGCGACCCUCCUAAACCUCUCCAUCUCCUGCCGCCACUCCCUCAUCUCCACGCGCGGCCUCCUUGACGCGCUUUCCCACGUCCUCCGCCACCACGCAUCCCCCUCCUCCUCCGCCUUCGCCGUCCAGUCCUCCGCCGCCACCCUCCACAGCCUCCUCGUCGUUGACGACUACCGCCCCAUCAUCGGCGCCAAGCGCGACAUCGCCUACUCCCUCAUCGACAUCGUCAAGAGCCUCAACUCGCCUCCGCGGUCGGUAAAGGACGCGCUGAAGGCGCUCUUCGGGAUCUCCCUCUACGCGCUCAACCGCGGCGCGUUGGUGGAGCUCGGGGCGGUUCCCGCGCUUUUCACGCUGGUGGUGAAGGACGGGCGCGUGGGGAUCGUGGAGGACUCGACGGCCGUGAUCGCGCAGGUGGCGGGGUGCGAGGAGAGCGAGGAUGAGUUCCGGAGGGUUUCAGGGGUUAGGGUUCUAGCGGACCUGCUGGAUCCGUCGACGGGGACGAGCCUGAGGAGCAGGGAGAACGCGGUAUCGGCGCUGCUGAAUCUGGCGAGGUGCUGCAGCGAGAGGGCAGUGAGGGAGGUGAGAGAGGAGGGGAUGGGGGUGGUCGAUGGGGUUGCUGACGUGGCGGAGAAUGGUGGGGCCAAGGGGAAGAGCAAGGCGGUGGCGCUGCUGAAGGUGAUUGAUGGCGGGAGUGGAAGCAUUGCUAGCGUUUUCAGAGAUAAACGGUUUGAUUGUUUGCUAAAUCAAUCGUCGUGAAUUGGGUUCUGUUUAGAUUAGAGAUGAUCAUGUAGAUAUCGUUGUUUUACGAGCUUAAUGUUACAUAGGAAAUGAUUGAAUUAACAGUUUCACGCAAUGCUUUUGCAUUCAUUUUUGGUCU